AUGACCUGCAGUCGCGAUGACCACGAGCAUCGCACGACGUCCAGCGCCGCAGCGCCGCUACCGACGUUGUCCUGCACAGCCGAGAGCGUCAAGGUCCUCGUGACGCUCCUGAGCUGUCUCGCACAGACCAAGCGCGACCAGCGCGUGCGCUGCGACGUCGAUCGACGCGGUCUGCUCUUCACUGCGCACUCGAUUGGCAAGAGUCUACAGGUCACGACUUCCAUUGGACGAGAGCUCUUUGAGAACUACCAAUUUGAAGAACAAGACGAGGAAGACGACGACGAUGAUGGGGUGCAGCUGAGCUUUGCGUUGAACGUGCACCUGCUGCUCGAGUGUCUGUCCAUUUUCGGGCCGUCUGCUCUUGCGACGACGUCGCUACGGAUGACGUACGAAGCUGAGAGUGCCAGUCUACUGCUUGUUGUUGAAGACAGUGGCUUCAUGUGCGAGUGCUCGAUGCAAGUGCUCGAGCACGAAGGAGGAGACAUGGACCAAUUGGAAUUCGAGAGCGCGUUCGAGCAAUCGGCAGUAGUCGCGCGCUGUAUCAUGCAGUCGGAGCCCCUGCGUGACGCCUUCGCCGAGCUCUAUGACUUGCCCAGUGCUGCAAGCGUGACGAUCGCCAUGACGGACUGCAAAAGAGCUGAAGACCAAUCGAAAGCCAAGUGUUUGAGCUUGAGUGCCACGUCCGAGACAGGGUCGUGCGAGAUCGCCUUUGCGCCCACGUCUUCGGCGUUCAUUGAGUUUUCUUGCGCCCCGUCGACGGAAAAUGACGACACGGGCAGUUACGCGGCUACUUUUCAUGUUGCAGUACUACAGCAGGCGUUCAAGGCGCUUGCACACUCGAACGAGACGUUUCUUCGCAUGAAUGGUGACGGAUUUCUGUCGAUUCAGCACAUGGUCGAGAGUGGUACAGGUGACAAGGCUUUCGUCGAUGCUUUGAUCAGUCCCGAAGACACAUCCGUACCGUAG